CAAUUUGAGCAUGGACAACUACCCCGCAGACCGUGAGGUCUGGUAUCGCUACCAUUCUAUCGACAGUAGCAAGGUCGAUCUCAUCAACGACUUGCAAGCAGUGCUGGAUGAAUGCCCUCGAGCGAAUCACGCGGAGCUGCAGCGUAAAUUGACGCAAGCGGACGCGCUGCUGGGUUUCGUUCUCGAAGAACUUCGUGAGGAGGAUGCAGCCAAUGCACGAGCUGUAAAAGCACUGCGAGACUGGUUUCUCGACAUCGUGGGAGCGCGAACCUCUACCGGCCAAACUUACGAUGGACGACUAGCUCAGACUUCGUUCCGACCAGAACACGCAUACGAGAAUGCUCAUCCCGGACCAGUGGAGACUGGAAACGAUGAACAUG